UUUCCAUUAAGUAGCAUUUUUGUAAUUCUAUAAUUUAGGCGUUAUAUAAAACCUGUUACGAUAUUUUAAUCUUUUUAUAAUUGUCUUUUGGAAAAUAAAACUAAAAUAAUUUAAAAAGUUCAAAAACAGAAUAUUAUUUUAAAUUAUGAUUAUCAUGAUCCAUAGUUGGAAUUGUAAUAUUAAUCUUGUUAGCAGCAUUCCAUUAAGUUUUUCUGUAAUUUCAAUUAACGAUUUUGGGUUUUGGAUACAUUGGUUUAAAUUGUUGUUUGCACUCACUAAAGAGAAACCCUUUAAUUUUAAUAAUGAACUUUCUUGUUUUUAGAACUGCCAUUGUUAUUUAUUGGCAAUAUAUUCAAAAAGUGUAACCCUUUAAAUGUGACCAAACAUUUUAUAUAAAUUGCUAUUGUCAUUUUUUACUUGGAUGACAUGGGGCCUCCCGGCGGUAAAAAAGGACCUCCAACAUAUACACCACCUGAUAUGUCACCACAAUAUGUUCAACCACAACGUACUUCUACCGCUCAAUCUGCACCCCCACCUACUGAACAUGAUGAAUUACCAGCACAAGAUUCACAGGAUACAGUUGAUGGGCGAUCAGGAGGUGCUCGGUCUCGUUUAGAUGUUAAUUUAAGUUAUCAUAGAAGUACAGUUGAUGAAGUUGCUGAAGAUACACCCAGCUUGCUUACCCAGUUUAUUGUGGACCGAAUGGAAAACGAUGGAAUAGAUGUUCCACCUGGUCUUUCUCAAAGACAACAUAAAGUCCAAAGUGAAGUUGCGAAAGUUUUACAAAAAAUUGGUGAUGAUAUGUCAAACAAUCAAAAUCUAAACCAUCUAAUAUCAGAAAUACAAGUUACUCCAAAUACUGCGUAUAAAACUUUUGUAAGUGUCGCUGCCCAAAUAUUUCAAGAUGGAACAAUAAAUUGGGGCAGGAUCGUGACGCUUUUUUACUUUGCAUAUAAAUUGGCACUGCAGUGUGUUAACCAGCUUCCGUUAAUCGAUUUAAUAAUUAGUUGGGUGACAAAAUAUGUUGCUGAGACAUUAGCUGGGUGGAUUGCAGCCAGAGGUGGAUGGAAUUCCAUUCGCGAGUACUUCGGUUCGCCCACUUCACAAUUAUUAGCUGUAUUUUUUGCUGGAAUGCUACUAAGUACAUUAUUCUGGCGUUGGAAAAAGUAAUAUGGUGAGGUGCAGAUCCCAACUAAUACUGUUAUAUAUUGUGAUAUAAUAUUUGCAUUGUUAAACAGUGCUGCUGUCAGCAGAUUACUUUGAUUUUAAGUGCAGAGAGCCAGUUUUAGGGCUGCUUUAGAAAUUAUGAUGCAAAGACAAAUGGCGGAAUUACGCCAGGAUUUUUUCUACUUGUUUUAAGGUACGCCCUUUGAAACUUGAAUAGUCCCCUUCCACAGUAAUUUUUAUUUAAUUUACCAAAUUUGAUUAAUGUGCUUAAGGUUUUAUAGAAAUUUCAGUAAUGAUUGAAAGUACUACAAAAACUUCCAUCUUUUGUUGUAAUGUGUUACCGUUUCUAGUAAUCUAUCUAGAAUCUAUUUAGUAAUUCAAUAUAUUUUUAAACUAAAUUUCAUUCCUUAAGACCUUGUGUGUAUUUUGCAUCUGAGAAUAAACACUAAAAAAGUGAGACGUUAACGUUGUUUAAGUUUUUGCUUCAAUCAAAAUGGAUUUUAUAUUGCAGUCAGAUCAACUAUUGUAAAGCAUCAAUUAUCUCUUUCAUGAUAAGUCAUGAGAGCCAUAUCAUGUAUGUUAUUUUAUUCAUUUUUAAUGAAAGUCAGGACAGAAAUGAGACUACUGUCUGACUAUUGUAAAGUGCGUGAGUUUUUUUAUGAGAACCAAUUUUUUAACAAAUUCUGUGUUGCUUUUUCAAAUGCAAAUCUCUGUAGCGGAGUAAGUUUUUCCGUAUGCAAUCGCAGGCUUAAGAAAUAUGUUACAGUUACAAAUAAUCCCUUAUGGCAAAAAGAGCCUAGAAUGUGACAUAAUUCGAACCUGUUAUUUCUGUAAGUGUGUCGAUAUCUUUUUUUGUCUACUUCAUCAUUUUAGAAUACUUCAAGAGAUAAAUUGUCGCACGCUUUUUACACUCAAUUUUGAUGUUUUGAAAAACGUAUAAUAUAUUUUUUUUAGUCGCAUUCGCCUUUUAGUUCAUAUACAGUUAAAAUUGCCCCGGUCUUCUUUAAUUUUAUUUUUUUUUCCAUUUUCGUCUAGCUUUAAACAAUUUUCUGGAUCCUUCUUUUAUCAAGCUCUUAUGCUUUCUGCGAUAUAAUCUAACGAAAUGUAAUUUCUCCGAAUAGGUUUUUAUUCUCUAUACCUUUCUAACACAUUUCUUCGAAUUGGCGAAUGUGUGGUGUAAUUGUUCCAAAAUCCUGGUAGUUUAUAAAUAUAUUUAUUUUGGAUAAAAUAUUUCUAUGUCAAUUGGUUUUAACAUUGUGUUUUUGCAUUUUUAAGAAAAUAAAUUUUUAAGACUC